GCCGGUGACCGGGCGUGGCUCCCAGGUGGGGCAGAGCCCGGCGGGGGCGCAGACAGAGUGGCCCGCGGAGCCGCAGAUCCUCAAGCCUGUGCCUGUCCGCAGCCGCGCUGGAGCCCCGCGGGUCCGGCUCAGAUGUGGAAGAUCAAGUCCUACUGAAAGUGUGCAGAGCCCAACCGAGGCACUCUGUGCCCCGAAGGGGCUCCAUGCAAGUGCCACAGGAUGGAGAAGACCUCGCCCACCAACCCUGGUACCACGGUGCCCUGUCGCGCCAGAAGGCUGAAGCUCUUCUUCUCCAAGAUGGUGACUUCCUGGUUCGCACCUCUGGAUCCCGUGGGGACCACCCUGUGAUCUCAUGCCGCUGGCGGGGGUCUGCUCUACAUUUCGAGGUGUUCCGUGUGACCCUGCGUCCCCGACCGGGCCGGCCUGCGGCCCUCUUUCAGCUGGAGGAUGAGAGAUUCACAAGCAUGCCGGCACUGGUGUACAGUUACGUGACUGGCCGGCGCCCACUGUCCCAAGCCACGGGGGCUGUGGCCUCCAGGCCAGUGGUCCGGCAGGGGCCUCUGCAGCGCAGCUUUAGCGAGGAAACCCUUCUGGGCAGCCCAGUUCGGACAGAGUCUUUCAGGGCUAGGAAGUGGAGCAGCAGUCAGCCUGCAGACUUGGAGCAUACAGGCCAGGCCACAGACACCCACUGCGGACCAGGAGCCUCCACUGGGCCCCUACCUGCCCUGCUCCGGAUGGGCAGCGAUCCCGUGUUGCUGAAGGCCCCAGCUCCCUUGGGAGCCACUGCGGACAGCCUCAGAGCCUCCGAUGGGCAGCUUCACGCCAAGGCACCAACCAAGCCCCCCAGGGCUCCCUCACUGACAUUUUCUGAUGCCUCUGGACUCCCCACAACGUACUGUGAGCUGGUUCCCCGAGUGCCCAGCACCCAGGGAGCAUCCCCUGGCCAAAGCUGUUCACAGCCGGAGGCCCCGUGGUGGGAGGAUGAAGAGGAGGAAGCCGAGGAGGAGGACGGCUGUUUUGCAAGACCACAGGGCGAGGUCUCCUUUUGCCUUCCUGAUAAACCCUCCUGCCUGCUGGGCCCCCAGAAUCGGCCCCUGGACCCCAAAGUCCUGUGUACUCUCCGUGGCUUGUUCCUGGAGCACCAUGCUGAGAGCACCGCCCUCCACCUGCUGCUGGUGGAUUGCCAGGCUGCAGGCCUCCUGGGAGUGACCAAGGCCCAGCGAGUGGCCAUGGGGGUCCGCUCUGGCCUGGAGCUGCUCACCCUUCCCCAGGGGCACCGUCUGAGGUUGGACCUGCUGGAGAGGCUGGAGACCCUGGCGCUGGCUGGGGCGCUGGCUGUCUUGGGGUGCGCGGGGCCGCUGGAGGAGCGCACGGCCGCACUGAGGGGCCUCGUGGAGCUGGCGCUGGCGCUGCGGCCCGGGGCGGCAGGGGACCUGGCCGGGCUGGCCGCGGUCAUGGGCGCCCUGCUCCUGCCCCAGGUGCGUGGGGAACGGGGUGCGGGCGGGGCCGGCUGCAGAGGGGAGAGGAGGCAGGCUCGCAUCUGUCCCCAGGUGUCGCGGUUGGAGUGCACGUGGCGCCAGUUCCGACGGAGCCACACAGAGGCUGCGCUGGCCUUCGAGCAGGAGCUGAAGCCACUGAUGCGGGCCCUGGAUGAGGGCUCAGGCCCCUGCGAGCCCGGCGAGGUGGCGCUGCCGCACGUGGUCCCCGCGGUGCGCCUGCUGGAGGGCGAGGGCCCGGAGGGGCCGGAGGGGCCGCUGGAGGACAGCUGCGAGCGGCUGCUGCGCACCCUGCAGGGGGCGCGUCGGAUGGCGCGCGACGCCCCGAAGUUCCGCCGGGCCGCUGCUCGGCGCCUGCGAGGAUUCAGGCCUAACCCGGAGCUGAGGGAGGCGCUGAGCACCGGCUUCCUGCAGAGGCUGCUGUGGGGUAGACAGGGCGCCAGGGCACCGAGAACUGAGCGCCUCCAGAAGUUCGAGCACGUCCUCAGCAUCCUGUCACAGCGCCUAGAGCCUGGCCACUAAGAAGGGCACAGAUCCCUCUCCGCACCCACAUGCCCCAGGCUGCCGGGGUCAACCCAGAGACCAGCACUCUGCGAGGCUGAGGCAGGAGGAUCAUAAAUUGGAGCCCAGCCUGGGCAACUCAGAGACCCUGUCUCAAA